GACGGACACAGACGUAGUGGUGCUGAUAACUGGAGUUCUGGUGUUGAUCACUCUGCUACCCAUGAUCCCUCAAGCUGGGAAACAACACCUGUGGGAGUACUUCGACAUCUUCGGUCGCCUGGCGUCUUGGAACCUUAAGAAUCCAGGGCACGUUUCUGAGGUGUAUCUAAUCCACCUGCACGCCAGUGUCUACUCCCUCUUCCACCGUCUCUACGGCAUGUAUCCGUGCAACUUCGUGUCCUACCUGCGCUCCCAUUACAGCAUGAAGGAGAACAUGGAAACCUUUGAAGAAGUAGUGAAGCCGAUGCUUGAACACGUCCGUAUUCACCCAGAACUGGUGACGGGAACCAAGGACCACGAGCUGGACCCCACCAGGUGGAAAAAGUAUGAAAUCCACGAUAUCGUCAUCGAAUGUGCCAAAGUGUCUCUCGACCCGAAGGAGGCUUCCUGUGAGGAGGGGUACGCCACCAUGCCUGAGAACUUCUACCCCCAAAUCCACCUGCGACCACAAGACUGCACUUCCAGCCCCUACACUGACCUCCACAGCAGCUACGGAAGCUCCUCUUCGACCCCGUUCUCGACUCCGCGGCUCCCCCCUCCCCUGUCCUUGCCCCCCUUCUCAGGGACACAGUCCUCCCGCAGCCCACAGACCUCCAGACGGCAG